CGAUGAACAUAUUCCUAUACUCCCUUCUGAUAUUUCUUGUCUUCUGUGGACAGGAGCAAGGCACUUUCCUCUCAGACCAAAGUACUACAUCACAAGAGAAUUAACUCUAUACCAUAAAGUUGAAGGAAACCCACACAAUCGUAUUCAAUUUAUCAAUACUCAAAAUAGGUGUCAGCUAAGGAAAUGUAUGACUUCUUAACCACCAAAUAAACCUACUUCAGAUAAUAGACUCCUAUUGACGUUUAGGAAAUUGAAUUCGGAGGAUAUGUACCAAAACCACAAUAGAAUACAGAGAAGAGACAAGCAGAUCUUAAAUUGCAUAAUUUCAAGAAUACCCAAUUUACUGGUCCCAUCACUGUGGGUGAUCAAGAAUUCUAAGUCAUUUUCGAUACAGGAUCUGCCAAUUUUUGGAUUGAUUCUGUGAAAUGCAAAAAUGAAGGAUGCAAAUAGCAUACACAAUAUAAACCAGGUUUCAGUUCUAAACAUCUUGGAUAUGCAUUGAAUGUCUAAUUCGGUACAGGUGAUUUGAAUGGGGAAGUCAAUUCAGAUCUUGUCAAAUUAGGAGCCAUAGAGGUUGAAGAUCAAAACAUUGCUGAAAUAAUUGAAGAAAACGGUUCCGUAUUCUAAAAUGUAUUUUUAUCAAACCAUUAUUUAAGUCUGGAUUUGAUGGCAUUGUUGGUUUGGCAUAUCCUUCCAUGGCUGCCUAUAACUUGAAUCCAUUAUUCGAUAACAUUAUGAAAUAAAAGAAAUUGCAAUCCAACCAAUUUUCAUUUUACAUGAGCAACAAAGUCAACAGUCUUGAAUCACAACUUACUUUUGGUGGUUAUGAUGCCACCAAACUUGAUGGUCCAGUUCAUUAUCAUCCUGUCAUUGAUAAAUACUAUUGGAUGAUCAAAGCUGAGAACAUUCUAGUCAAUGGUCAGGAUUAAGGAUUCUGUCCCAAAGGUUGCAAAGUUGUUGCUGAUACUGGUACAUCCCUAAUUACUGGUCCAUAUGAUGACUUAAUGAAAUUGCUAGGUAAUUAAAAUCAUAUUGAGUUCUAGAUCUUACCAACAUCAAUGACAAUUGUUCUAAUGCCAAGGAAUUACCAACUCUUACAUUUAGAAUCGAUGGAGUCAAUUAUGACCUUGAAGCCAAAGAUUACAUUAUGGAGUUGAAAGAUGAUGGAACUGAAAUUCCUUUGAGCAAUGAAGUUUCAGCAUCUGCCUUCAUUGAAGGAUCCUCUAAACAAUGCAUUGGAGCAUUUAUGCCUUUAGAUAUUCCAGACCCAUAAGGACCAGCCUGGAUUUUGGGAGAUAUCUUCUUAACAAAAUACUUGAGCAUUUAUGACAGAGAUAUGAAUAUGGUAGGAUUUGGAAAGGCUAAACAUUGAAAAAUUAAUAUUACCC